GGGGUUUAACGUCAGAAUUUAUUCAAGAUUUCUUAUCUUUUAAAGGGGAUCACAUGUGAAUUAGGUGGAUUGUACUCGCUCACAACAGGAUAUUGGACAGUGGAGCUGCAACGCGGGUGCUGGGACUUUGACGGUGUAACGUUCGGAUAUAUGGGAAAAUAGCUAAAGAAAGCAAGCGUGCUCUGGAAUCAACAUUCAAGUUUAAUACUGAAGUGAAAUCGCUCACUUCAAAUCACGAGUUCCUUAAAAAGGAAAUUUGCUAGUGAAGAUCUUACGACAACCUAAGUAUUCACUUAGGUUGAGAACUUCGAGAUAAUCUUCCACAGUGCAGACAUUUCUUUUCGUUACCUGGUGACUCCAAACUCAUGGCUGAAACAGAGGAGGCGGUCAUUUUCCGACGUAAUAUAGUCAAGGAAAACACUAGUCUACCAAGUACUACGAAUGAUACUGACGGGGAACAAGAAUCUGAAACAGAUUCCAAAGACGUCAGGUUAACUUUGAUGGAAGAAGUUUUACUUUUAGGACUAAAAGACAGAGAGGGUUAUUUGUCAUUCUGGAAUGACAGUGUUAGUUGUGGACUUCGUGGAUGUAUACUAGUUGAACUUGGCCUGAGAAAUAGAAUUGGAUUAGAGCCAAGUGGGAUGCGUCGUAGAAGCUUGCUUUCCAGAUGUAUUGUUGUCAAGAAAAGUGUGCCUACAGGUGAUGCCCUACUCGACGAGGCUCUUAAGCAUAUAAAAGAAAACAAACCGGAAAAUACCAAAACAUGGAUCGAAUAUCUCAGUGGUGAAACAUGGAAUCCGCUUAAAUUACCACUUCAAUUGCGCAAUGUCAGGGAAAGGAUUGCCAAAAAUUUAGUAGAGAAACGUAUAUGCACAACAGAAAAACAGAAUUUCAUCCUCUUUGAUAUGAUGACACAUCCAUUGGUUGAUCUAGGCAGUAAACAACGCAUAGUGAAUCGUAUUCAAGAUGUUAUCCUUAAUAAAUGGAGCACAGAUGUUCACAAGAUUGAUAAGCGUCUUUUUUCUCUAGUUCUCUUAUCUCAUUAUUCUGAUGUGCUUGAAAGUGCUCUACAACAUCUUAGUGACAGUGCAUAUGAUCUUGCCAGAAAGCGAAUUGACAGUGCAUUACAAAUGGAUUUUGUUACAGAAGCAAAUAAAGAAGGUUCUUGUGAAAUGUUAUGGGCAGUUUUAGCUGCUCUUAAUUCUUAAAGUUAGGAUCCCUUCACAUUUUUUUGGCUGUGAUUAAUUUAGUGUUUUAGUUGAAUUUCAUUGUUUGGAAGCGAUUAUCAAUAUUACAAUGUGUCGCUUAACUUUUGUAAUUUACAUAAAUAAAAACACCACAAUCAAGUUACAAAAUAAAUAAACCUUCAAGACUUCAAAAUAAAAAUGUUCGUUUGGGAUUGUAUGCGGUUUGAUUUGAC